AUGCCAUCAUCCUCAAAUUUCUUGUUGGUUCCGAAAGUCCUAUUCACUUGUGAUGCAUGUAUUCCUAUAUUUCUUUGUCGAACCCAAGCUUCUCCACCAUUAACUGUCUGUUUAUGCAAAACCCAAACUUCUCCAGUCUUCUUUGAUUACGUUACAACUCAUGUGGCAUUGAUUUCUCAAAGCUUGAUUUUGCCAUUGUAUCAUUGCUCUAACCUUCAUCUGCACUCUACAAUGAAGAACAAUUUCCUCAGUUCUGGCUCUAGCAGCAAUAGUGAAAUUGUAAGAUACAAGAGAGAUAUUCCGCCGGCUCACUACUCCUUCAAAAUAGAGUCCCUCUCCUUAUUGUUGAACACCAAGGUUGAAAAAAUUGAAUCUGGUAUUUUUGAAGCCGGGGGCUAUAAAUGGAGGAUGGUUCUCUACCCAAGUGGAAACACCAAAAGCAAUGGCCAACACUAUAUUUCUCUCUAUUUGGCCAAUGAAGAAACAAAAGUUUUGCCUCAACGUUGGGAAGUCAAUGCUGAACUGAAAUUGUUUGUAUUUGAUCAGAAAGAAGACAACUACUUGACAGUCCAAGGUGUGUGUAUAUAUAUAUUAAUAAAUGCCUGUGCUGCACGGUUCGUUCACAAUUUGAACUGUCACAAUGUUUCACCUCUUCACCAUAUUCAUGAUCAUGAAUUGCAUUUGAAUUUUGACAUGCGUAAUUAUGGAUUCCUCUGUGAUGAUUCCUGUGUAUUUGGGCCGGAGGUUUUUGUUAUAAAACCGAAGGGUAACUAUGAGUGCCUUUCCAUGGUUAAAGAACCUGCUCAUAGUACUUUAACUUUGAAGCUGGAAAAAUUCUCUACAAUAGAUGAGACUGCUCAUUUCUCUAAAGCAUUCACUGUUGGAGGACGAAAAUGGAAAAUAAAGGUUUAUCCCAAAGGUUUUGGGAAGGAGAAGGGUGAUUGGUUCUCGGUUUACCUUGUUCUAUCUGAUUCUGAUGCCCUGCCACCUAAGGGAAAAGUAUAUGCAGAAUACAAGCUGCGGGUACUGGAUCAACGACGGGAUCAACAUGUUGAAAAAUCAGUAAAACACUGGUACACUGCCUUAGAAAUUUCACGGGGUUAUCAUAACAUGAUACGCCUAGGAGAUCUCCAUGAAAAAUCAAAGGGAUUCGUUAUGAACGAUACUUUGAUCGUUGAAGCUCAAAUUGUUGUCAUUUCUGUGACUAUGUUUCUCGAUUAAUACGUCCUUUGCCAGUGUUUUUAUGAUGGAAUAAUGGUGGGAGUCUAACCAUGUUUGCUUUUGUAAGCAAUUAGAUUUAUCAGUCAAUUUACACGCUUUCGUUUUAAUGUAGUGAAUAAGUCAGCGCGUGCUUUACU